AUGGCCGUCGAACCGGGCUCACUGAAGAGCGAGUCGACGACUUGCUCGCGGAUUAUCGUCGUCGCGGAGGCCAAGAUUAACUUCUCGGACCAUUUGGACUACGUCGCGACACUCGACAACGUCCCUCUGCCCGGCAAAUGGCAUAUCAGGUUCCAUUACGCGUGGAGUACUGUUACUGCACAGUUCGAGCAUGAAGCGGUCGAGGUCGGCGCAUUGGGAUUCAGCGCGACAUACAACGUUUCGCUCGACGUGUACCGCGGUCAGUGGCGUCGGAUAAGUACGAAGCGACCGGGGCCCAACGGUACCGUCUGUGCCUCGAAUUGGAUUGCUUCGGCGCGCAUGUCCCGGGGCAACGUCCUCCUCUCCCGUUCACCGACCCUCGACCUCCUCGCUAAUCCGCACGACAUCUGCCUCUUCUUCCCGCGACACAACGGCAGACUCUGGACCCGAUCCGACGUUCUGGCCGGCCUCUCUCCCUACUUCAAGACGCUCCUUUCGUCAGGCUUUGCCGACUCCAUCACUGUUCCGGCUAAACGGGCGCGGACCGAGAGCCAGGCCUCCUCGGUCGUCUCGGCGACCGAGAAGGACUUUGAUGAUUCGGACGACGAGACGGAUGGUGUCUAUUUCCGCAGGAACCCGGCCAAGAAGAGCGAGGAGGAUGCGGUCAUCGAGCACAAGAAGGUGACGAUCACGGGCACCGCAUUCUCGACCUACCGCGCCGUCCUCGCCUACAUCCGAACCGGCUACAUUGCCUUUGCCCCUCUCUCCUCGACAUGCCCAGCCGCAGGGUCGUCGAAAGACACUCGCAAGGCACGUGUCAAACUGGCCGCAGCAGCGAAACCCGACAUGCCCUACCCCGUCUCGCCCAAAUCGACCUUCCGCCUCGCCCACCUCCUCGAACUCGAAGACCUCCAGCGCCUCUGCCUCUCGAACGUUCAAGAGACUCUCACGCCCGACUCGGCCGCACACGAACUCUUCGACGAGGUCUCGGUCUUGCACGAGGCGUGGAGGCGGGUGGUGAUUGAGUAUGUGGUGGCGAAUUGGGAUGCGGUGCAUGCGACGAAGGGGUGGAAGGAGGUUGAGAGGAGGGUCGAGGAGGAGGAGGUGCCCGGUGCGGCGAAGAUCAUGGUGCAGCUGAGCAGGGCGAGGGAGAAGGCGAGGGGUGCGUAUUAG